ACCCAGCCAGACUUCAUUAUAUUACGUGGAGUUUACACCCCAACCAUGAACCAACAAAUUGUCUUUGAAAGUGGAGAAAAAUUUUACAGGAUUCCUGCUCUUAUCUGUCUCCAAAAAAAGGAAAGUAAAAUUCUCCUCGCCUUUGCAGAGCAGAGGAGGACUUCAAAGGAUGAAACUGCAGAAAAGCUGGUUAUGAAAAAAGGAGAGGUGAACUCAUCUGGGAAGACUGUUAAGUGGUCAGAACUCAAAGUGGUGGAAAAAGCCCAUCUUGAUAAACACCGUCCUAUGAACCCCUGCCCGGUGUAUGACAAGGUCAAAGAAACACUUUUCCUGUUUUUCAUCUGUGUUGAAGACGGCGUUGAUGAGGAUUCCCAGAAAAAAAACUACCAGAACAAGGCCCAACCCUGCUACAUCACAAGCACGGAUUUUGGAGAAACCUGGAGCGAUGUGAUUGAGUUGCGUGACAAACUGUCUGACAUACAAGCCUGGGCCACAUUUGCCUUUGGGCCAGGCCAUGGUAUUCAGACAGAAAGCAACAGAUUGAUUAUCCCAGUUAAUGCUUAUUGUUCUAGCUGCAUAAAUUCUGUCUGGUGUUGGUGUUGCCGAACAUGCUGUGUCUCAUGCCUUGGCUGGUGUUGCCGUAAGUGCUACAGGGAUAGCUGGUGUAAUCUUGAUUCAUAUGCACUCUCCCUCUAUAGUGAUGAUUAUGGUGAUAGUUGGAAAUUUGGAAAAAUGUUUGAAACAAAAUCAGGAGAAUGUCAAAUGGCUGAGAUUUCUAAAGAAAAAAUCUAUUGCAGUGCUCGUAGUACAAACAAGUUUCGAGUGGAAACUUUCAGCGAUGAUAAUGGCAUUAAUUUUAGCAAAGAUAAAUCUGCUCAGAAGCUUGUGGAAGUACACACAAAAUCAGUCUUAGGCUGUCAGGGUAGCGUGAUCUCCUUUCCUGCAAGUGAUCAAAGCUCAGACAAGUGGCUGCUGUUCACGCACCCAACUGGUCCAGGAAGGAUGAAGUUAGGCGUGUAUCUGAACAAAUCUCCAAGUGAUCCAAAAGCAUGGAGCGAACCCAAGGUUAUUAACAAUGGACCCAGUGGUUACUCAGACCUGGCCUACAUUGAUGAUGGUUGGUUUGCAUGUUUGUUUGAAUGUGGAAAGCAAGACAUACAUGAGCAGAUAGCCUUUGUGACUUUUACUGAAGAUGUCAUCAAGAAGAACAUUCCAGGUUAAACAUGCAUUGCCUUCACAAAAUUUCUUUCUCAGUAGCUCACAAAGUUUGGCUUCUCAAUAAGAGACGUCAAAGUAACAUGUUGGGUAAAACAAGUAAUACUAAAACACUGACUUGCGGUAAAGAUUUCCACAAAGCAAUUCUUACAACUUGCAGCCAUUUUGAGUUGCUUCCCACAUUUGUUUGUGCUUUUAUUUUAAAAUCAUAUAAAUUUGCAUAAAUUUCAUUGAUCACUGGGUCAAUCUGCAUGUGCUGAACCAGACAAACCAAUAAAAUCUGACAAAAACUUUCUCAAAAGUCUGCUGUCUUUGCCCCCAAACAAAGGUUAAAAAAUACUUUAUCCUCUUGUAUAUUAUACUUCAGCCACCAUCUUUGCUGCAGUACAUUGCCAUGUAUUUGAUUUCAGGGUUCUUUGAGUAGCAGGUCUUUCUUUUAUUAAAAAAAAGUGCUUUAUUUACACCAUACAUUUAAGUGAUUAACAUAUGAAUGUACAAAUGUAUCACAGUUUAAGCUGGAAAAUCUUUUUGUAUUGAUUGGAUCUUGGUUAAAGUGCCAAGAGAAAUUAUGAAAAGUUCUUCUAUAAUAUACUGUAUCAUAUCUUGUACUCUGAAAAUGUAACCCAAAAUAUCUUACAACGAAGUGGUUACUUGUCCUCUAAUUUUAAAGCAAUAUCUCAAUAAAUACCACAAUAUACUGUAGAAUGUACUCUGAACUCUGCAUAUGUUACUCACAAGAUCCUGUAUCAAAGCUUGCUGAUCAAUAAAUGGAGU